CUCUCGACUGUGAUCGCACCAUGAUUAUUUACUAUAAACUGACAUUACUGACACUGGUACUGAGCUUUCAUCAACAAGGCCAUGCGAUCAUUGGAGGUCACGAGGCUGUGCCUCACAGCAGACCUUACAUGGUGCUUUUGCAGAUGAACAGCGCUGCUGGUCAUAUAAGACACUGUGCUGGCUUCCUUCUCAAUGAGGAUUUUGUGAUCACUGCUGCCCACUGCCAAGCCGAGUCCUACAAAGUUUUUCUGGGACUUCAUAAUUAUCAUGAUCAGAAUGGUGUACAGCAUGUUGAUGUGCCUGGGAGAAAUGCAUUUCCAAUGAAAGGCUACGAUCCAGUUAAUAUUAAAAAUGAUAUGAUGUUUCUUAAGUUGAGCACCAAGGCAAAGUUGAACGACAAAGUGAAACCCAUCGCUCUUGCUGACCGUGAUGAUGGAUCUCUGCCAAAAGCAUGUGUCAUUUCUGGUUGGGGAAGCACAGAAAACAGCAAAUAUAUGUCUGUCAAACUCCUGGAAGUAAAUGUGACCCUGACUGACAAUGAGCUGUGUGCUAACAGAAACAUGUACUGCUCUGAGGGUGAGAGAGAACCUGGUCAGGGAGACGCUGGUGGUCCAUUAGUCUGUGAAGAUGGAAAGGCAUACGGGGUGAUAUCCGCCGGCACACCAAACCCAGAUGGCUCAACAAUUCAGGGUUAUACUAAGAUACCUGACCACAGAGACUCCAUCAAAGAACAUAAGGGAAAGUUACAUUCUCCGACAACCGAUACAGUAACCAUCAUUCCUGUUUCUAAGGAACAUCAUAUUUGUGUUAGAGAUGCUGAUUAGUCUAAUAAUACAUGGUAAUUAACAGAAAUUAAAUCAGCUGUUCUGAUGAACAGAACAUUUGAUAGUUUGUCAGAUAUGUGAUUUUCCACAGAUUACAGAAAAGGGAAUAUUUUUGGUUUUAGACGGCUGGAGAACAUUACAGAGGCUUUGGUUCCAAGCAUUUUUUUGUCAUUGUUUAUUAAGUUAAACACAAAACAAAGGUCAACUGAUCAGGAAACUAACUGUCAACAAUGAAAAUAAUAAUCGCUGGAAUCCUUCAAUCUUCAAACAACAUGAGGUGCAUUUAAAAAUCAACAUGGACUCAACUGUGGUCAUCAAAUUGUGUAAUGUAUGUGUCCUUUUACUUAAAAAGAAAAAAACAGCUCAAACAGCGAGAGAAACCUUCCGGUGAUAAACUGCAGAUUCACAUCAGACAGAGGAAAUGGUGACAGUAAUCUGCACUUCCUGAUUAUUACAAAAAUAAUGAGAGACGCAAGAACAUUUCCACAUGUGUGACUAAACCAGAUACACGAAACUGAGAAACAAACUGGACUUUAAAUGAUUCAUUUACUGAAAAGGGUAAUUAAAUAAUUAUAAUGGGUAAAAACUUGGAUUAAAAAUCUCCAAAAUUAGAGGCUUAUGUGGCCAUAGAAAGGCGAUGCAUAAAAUAAUAGAAAGCACAUGAAUGAGUACAGAAAACCCUUUCACUCGGUAGUUGGUGUAGAUUUACAACAAAAAUAUGUUUUACCACAUGUGCAUUAAAAUUUAAUGUCAUAACAUUUAUCUUUUCACUUAAACAGUGGCUGUCCUGCAAUAGUUGAACAAACAGUAACGGCUUUUCUCUGCAACUUAAACCUCUAUAAGACAAACACAUUAGUGUCUUUAUUAAAAAUAAUUUUUACAUUUAAAUUUAAAAUUAAUUGACAAGACAAAUAUAUUCAGAAAUUUAAAUCAAUGUAUAAAGGUAUGGUUUUCAUGCAGUCCAAUGUAAUAAAUUCUCAUGGUUAUACAACAUUUGGAAGCAGCUGCACAAUUACAUGACUGAGCUAUAAAUAUGUGAAGGCGGUGGUAACACGUGUGUUACUUCUUCCC